UCGACGUACAAAAGCGCCAAGUUUCUGCGUCGAGCACAAUCUACACCAAAACGCCCAUGGCCACCGAAGCUCCCGACUAUACCACCCGAUUUAUCGUCCCCGUUUCAACCCGACAACCCAAUUGCUCCGCUCCGUUUUCGAAGCUCCUAUACGGAAGUCGAAACGGAAAGUUGAAGAUUGCAAGUGCGGCAGCCAUGACUGAUGCAAUUGAUUUAUCUGGGGAUGGCGGUGUUCUCAAGAAAAUUGGAAGGCAUGCAAAACCAGAUGCAGCUGCCCCGACCCAAGACCUUCCGCUCGUUGAUGGUACUGACUAUAAUGCCGCAGCUGAUUGUGUUUAUUUGCUAUGGAGGCAUUCUUGAGGAAACCGGCGAAGUCUUUGACACGACGCACGAAGAUAAUACGAUUUUCUCAUUCGAGGUUGGGAAAGGCAGUGUGAUCAAGGCUUGGGAUAUUGCAGUGAAAACCAUGAAGGUUGGGGAGAUUACUAAGAUCACUUGCAAGCCGGUAUAUGCCUAUGGUAGUGCGGGUUCUCCACCAGAUAUUCCACCAGAUGCAACCCUUGUAUUUGAGGUGGAGUUAGUUGCUUGCAAUCCGCGGAAGGGAUUAAGUUUGGGUAGUGCUUCAGAGGAAAGGGCUAGGCUAGAAGAGCUGAAGAAACAGAGGGAGUUAGCUGCUGCAAACAAAGAGGAAGAGAAGAAGAAGAGAGAAGAGGCAAAAGCUGCGGCUGCCGCUCGUAUUCAAGCCAAGUUGGAUGCCAAGAAGGGCGGAGGAGAGGGAAAAGGAAAAGCAAAAUAGCACUUAGUCGCAGACUCGCAUGUUUGAACGAGAGGCUCGGAUCGUCGGAUUUGCAAAUUGAUUUCUUUUGAUCUCUGCCAAUCAAUGGCAAACUUGCGGACGCAUCUUCCCGGCGGAGUGUUUAACGGCCUUGAGAAGGACGCGACGGUCGGAGAAGAAAAGCUUAAUGGUGGUGGGUUGGAGAUAUGUGGAAGACGACAGAGGAAGUUGAAGCCUCAGCAUGAUGAUGGUGCGAAGCGUUGGUCUUUGCAAUCCCAUCCUUUUUGCCCCGGCCUCGCUAAGCCUAACUAGUGAAGAGUUUAGUCAGAACGAGUCUGAGGUAGUCCUAUUAAACUCAGUCCUGGCUUGCACCAAACACGGAUUAAUAUUCUUAGCUACGACAGUCUAGUCCAGUGAGGCUUAGCGAGUGCAAACAUACACGCCUUUGGUGUACUGGGUCGUGUUUCAGCACACUAAAAAAUAUAUCUCUUUCAAGAUUCCACAAUCAGUAUCUUGUCUUAAGCACACCAUUCUUUCUGAUCUGUUGGAGAUUCAUUUUGUCCUUAUAUUUGUUUUACACUUAUGUUACAC